UUACGUAGUGAAAGAGUCGAGCUGAGCUGAUAAUCAGCUGACAGCGAGGCGCUGCAGCAGCAGGUGGAACUAACAGGCUCCUGCUGCCCUACUUAUCCUGCUUACUAAUGCUGCAUAAGCUCUCUAAUGCUGCCUCACACACUCUCUGACACACACACACUUCUGUGACACAGCUAGCUCCUUCCAGCUCUGGAGCCGAAGCAUGAAGACAUGAAUCUGUGACAAAUCAGGUCCGCAGCCAGCGAGGCCGAGACAGCGGCCAACCGUAGGCCAGCCGGACGGAGAGAUCACACUUCUAUUGAUGACCCGGUUUGGACCAAGCUUCAGAGGUUGGACAGAUGGACUCACAUCGACUCGAGGAUUCUGGUCAGAAGGUUUGUCCUUCCUCCAGAAGCAGGUUGGCUAACCUCAGUCCGGCAGCCAUCUUGUUUCUAGAGAGAUGAGGCUUGUUCAGGGUCGUGACCAGUAGUGGUCUUGUUCUCUCUACAGGAUGAGACCUGUUCCUGUCAUUUCUCUGACCUCUGCUCCUGCUCUGACCUUGGGAUGAAUCUGCUGGACACCUAAGAUGUUUUCCUGUUGGGAAUAAUCUUGGGACUCCAAAUAGUGUGGAGAUUACCUUUGACCCUUCCUGGGUUUAUAAGAAGUGUCAUGGCUGUCUUAAGGCGUGCAUAUCUUAGAUCAUCAUUUUAACACCAUAAAUAAAGUCAGGAAUGAACCUUAAUCCAGAAUAGGAUUUUUUAUGUUCCAGAGAACAACUUGCUCCUUUUCUAGAGCUGCUGAUACAGACGAUGAUCUGUUGAUGUAAAGGUCAUUUUAUUUAUAUAGCACAUUUUCAGCAACAAGGCAAUACAAAGUGCUUUACAGGAUUUAAAAGGAAAUACAAGCAAAGGAAAGACUUGCAUCUCUGUCCACACAAUCCAAACAGUCUGAGUGUUCGCUAGUUCAGCCAAGUCCGUCACAAAUUUGUAGAUAAGUCAGGUAUCCGCAAGCUCCAAACAGCAGAAAUCCGGUUAUAAUGAAUAAAUCAAGGGUGAAUCCCGCCGGGUGUGUCCCGGCAGGACAAGAGGGCUCUCCUGCGCCCAGUCUUCUCAUCGAGAAAAUUUGAUCAAUUGCAUUGAGAGACCGGUUGACCAGACCCUAAUUUGUAGAUUUGGAGGAUGUGCAAGUCCUCUAUAUUUUUUUCUAUGAAAAAAUAUAGAAAAAGACAAAAACAGAGCAAGCAGGGCAGGGAUGGAGCAGAGGAAAAAAGCGUCCGCCUUCACUCAGAGCAAGAGAGUAAAAAAAAAAAGUGUGUUUUAGAGUCGAGCUUCAUCUGCUGGAACCCAGAUAUUCUGAUCCAAUGGCUUCUUUUGUAAACAGGUAAAGGAAGAAAAUGUCAAGGAUGUUCUGUCUGCUGCUGUGGCAGCUUGUUCUCAGAGUUUCCUGCUAUGUUGCUACAGCUAGUCUGUGUACGGCUGGCUCCAACAUCUUUGCGUCUGUCAGGGAGAACAGUCCAGCGGGUCAGUUCAUCUCACACAUCAGCAUCAGAUCUGACCCAAGAGCCAACACCGUGCGUCUGUGCCUGACCGGACCGAAUGCCAACUGGUUCUACUUAGAAGGUCGAACCAUCAGACUCAACUCGUCUGCAUCCAGAGUCCUGGACCGAGAGGUUCUGGGUCCGUUUCUGAUCGCCGAGCUCACCUGUUAUGAGGACGAUAUCAAACAAAGCCACUACAGGAUUCUGGUGGAGAUUCUGAAUGAAAAUGACAACAAACCAAAGUUCCUGGAGGGGACCAUCCAACCGUUCAUCAUCAGCGAGGUUGCAGCAGUAAACUCUGUGGUUUUCACUGUGAAGGCUGUCGACUCAGAUGGAGAUAUGAUCAGCUACAUCAUCGACCAAUCCUCGGAAGAUGCAUGGUUCUUCAGAAUCGACUUGCCCAACAGUGGGAAAGUGGUGCUGAGCAAACCUCUGGACUAUGAAAGCAGAACUCGGCUACAGAUCAUCAUGUGGGCCCAGGAAUCAAACACUGAGGAGAAGUUCAACAUCUCCACUGUCCUCACCAUCAACAUUGAGGAUGUUGACGACCAGUAUCCUCACUUCCUGCCCUGCACACCUGUGUCCCCAGGAGUCCCGAUCUGCAUGAACCCAAUCUACACAGCCAACAUCACACGAAAACACCAGGACUCGGUUCUGGAGUUUUCUCCUGGUCCAAUCAGAGCCAGGGAUGGCGAUCGAGGCAUCAACGCUCCUCUCAUGUAUACGAUCCUGUCAGGUGACAAUCAUGACAGGUUUGUGAUGGACAACAGGACAGGUGAGAUCAGGCUAACCAGAGCUGUAGACGAGCGUCAGCCAGGAGCAAACUUCACGCUCAUCGUCAUGGUGUGUCAGGUAGAGGACCGGUUAAAGUACAGCGUGGCCACAGUUGUGGUCAGGGUUCUCAGUGAGAACUCCUUCCCGCCAGUCUUUAACACAACCACCUUCAAAGGCUUCAUCAUCCAGAGCUCAAGCCCCGCCUCCAUCGUUUCCACCUAUGGGAACCAGGUGUUGCAGGUCCAGGUAUCUGACCAGGAUUUCUCUGAUGGAGUGAACCCAAACAUCCGGUUCUUCCUCCAUCCGCCAUCCCAACUGUACCAGGUGACCCAGGAGGGGGUUCUGAUCGCCCGGACGGACCAGCUGAGGGCCUUUGACAGACACAUUCUGCAGGUUGUUGCCAGGGAUGAAGAAUCGGGAGAAGAAGCUUCAGCUUCAGUGGACAUUGAAGUCCUGCAACGAGGACAGGCAGUGCCUCAUGGUGCGUUCACAGAGCAACAGCUAUUUGGGGAUGUGGACAGCAGGUUGGCAGGAGGAAUCGCAGCGCUGAUUCUGCUGACAUUUCUGUCAGCCUUCCUGUUUCUGCUGCUUCGAUUCGUGCGAAGGCGCCGGCCGCAGGAAGCUGAUGUCCUGCCAGCCACCACAACCUUACAGCACCAUAAGGUGAGUUCCAGGUCUCCAGGCUUCAUGGACGAGGCUCUCCGUCGCCAAGCCUCCUUGCGGUCAGGCAGCUUCCACGGCAGACAGGGUCUCUACAUCCGUAGGCAGUCUCUUCCUCCUCCAACGUCCUCCUCCUCAGCAGCAGACAGCAGGUCCAGACCUCAGUCUCCAUCCUCGGAGGUCUCUCUCAGCGAUCCGGCAGGCCGCUGCCACUUCCAGACGAAUCUGUUCGUCGUGGUAGAGAAACCUGCAGGUGUGGCGUCCGGCUGGGCGAGGUCACCUGACGUCACUGCAGGCCUGCAGGUCCAUGCUGGGAUGCCCCAGAGUGACGAGGACAUUAACAUUGACCAAUCAAAGGAGGACACUUGAAAGAUUGUUCCAGUCAAUCACAGAUUAAGACUGCCUGGGACACGCAAUGUGUGAUUGAUGGGCAGAUUUAAACUCAUACUCUCUUUGUUUUUAGUGGUUUGAAUGAAAAAUGCCUUCAGAAAUUACUUAUGAAUAAAAACAUGUUUAAUUUAUGUGUAAAAAAACAUUGUGGUACAAAAUCAGGAAGAUUUUCCCCUGAGACUUUAACUGUACCUGCA